AUGGCAGCAAUGACCACCUCGAGAUUUGACACUUUACAAGCGCCGCCCAAGGACCCCAUCCUCGGCGUCAAGGAAGAAUUCCUCGCCGACGCCGCGACGGACAAGAUCAAUUUGUCCGUCGGCGCCUAUCGCACCGACGAGGGCCAGCCCUGGGUCCUCCCCCCAGUGGCCGAAGCGAGGAAAAGACUCAUCGAAGGCAAGCUGGAACACGAGUACCUGCCGUCGACGGGCUUGAAAAGCUACUGCGACCGCGUCGACCUGUUAUUGAGGGGUAAGACCUCGGAAACCUCUGCCACGGUGCAAGGUUUAAGUGGCACGGGCGGCCUGCGCCUCUGCUUCGAAUUUUUGAGGAGGCACCACUCUCCUACAGUCUACGUGCCGGCGGUGACGUGGAGCAACCACUGGAACGUUUUGAGAGAUGCAGGUUGUGAUGCCCGGCCCUACACUUACUUAGAUGGUAUAAAAUUAGACUGGCCAAAACUAGUGGCGGAUCUCGAGCAAGCGGAGGAGGGCGCCAUCAUCUUAUUACAUCUGUGCGCGCACAAUCCGAGCGGAGUCGAUCCUUCUUCUGAACAAUGGCGGGAGCUCUGCGCGUUGUGCCAGAGGAAGCGUUUCCUGCCGGUCUUCGAUUCCGCGUACCUCGGCUUCGCGUCGGGCGACGUCGACAAGGACGCCGCUCCAUUUAGACUAUUCUGCGAAAACGGAUUGCAGCCGUGGGCCUGCAUUUCGUUCAGCAAGAACUUUGGCUUGUAUUCGGAACGAGCUGGAGCCGUCGUGGCGUCCUGCGCGUCGGCACGGGAGGCUUCAGCUGUCAGAGGCCACCUGGGCAAAUUGGCGCGUGCAUUAUAUUCAAAUCCGCCGGCGUUUGGCGCGCGCGUCGUCGACGCCGUGCUCGCCGAUGCCGCGUUGGAGGCCCGGUGGCGCGAGUGUUUGGUGGUCAUGUCGGGGCGCAUCGCGGACAUGCGGGCGAAGCUGCGGAGCGCGCUCGAGGCGAGGACGGCGCGGGACUGGUUUGUGCACUGCGUGGGAAUCAAAGUUCGAGCGUCUGCUCGAGCCAUCGACGCGACGGUGUCUGCUCGAUGGCGUAGAGGUGCCACGCCAUCGACGCGACGGCGUCUGCGCGACGGCGUGGAGGUGCCACGCCAUCGACGCGACGGUGUCUGCUCGAUGGCGUGAUGGUCGGUGUCCGCGCAGGUCCCACAUCACGUCGCAGGUCGGCAUGUUCUCCUACACGGGACUAAACAAGCAGCAGGUGCUCCGGCUGCGCGCCGAGCACCACGUCUACAUGCUCGAGUCGGGCCGCCUCUCCAUGGCCGGCGUCACUUCCAGUAAUGUGGAGCCGCUCGCCGCGGCGAUCGCGGCCGUGCUCUAA